GUGUUCGAUCCCCAAGUAAUAGUAUAAAAACGUUCCUCUUGAGGAAAUCGAAUCGCAUUCGCCACUACUCAUACCCUCCGAUCCGCCCCCCCAAAUGCAACUUCAGUCCCUUUUCUCCUUGUCUUUCUCCCUCGCCUCAUUCCUAACUGGUGCUCCGAACGCCACCUUCGAGGAUACCCAUAGUUGCCAAGACCAGGCCGUCACUAUCCAGCAAUUCCCACUUAUACAACCCGGACAUGGACAAACGCAACAGGACACUGUACAGGAACUUACGGAAGCGAUGUCUAAACUUAAAGCGACGAGUGGGAUGAAACUUGAACAUGCCUACGUUGGUGUAAUUGACUCAAAUAUCGCCGAACAAAUCUUCCUCUGGACGAGUGUAGCAGAGGCGUCUACGGUGGAUACAAUAAAACCCUUCACAUCAUUUUCCUCCACUGGGUCCCUGAACAGUUCUACCUCUGUCUUCAAUGACAAAGCUACUCUUCUUCGUUCCUUGGAAUAUCCUAUUAUCGAAACCGGCGUUGUGGAUAUCUUACCGAACGUUUCCACAAUCAAGGUGGAACGCGACGAGGCGGUUAUAAUUGAGAGUAUCCUCAAAACUGGGUUAGCGCUCGGUGGGCCACAUGGGGUACAGCACAUUGAGGGGAGGAGAACGUUUAUGAUGAUUAAUGGGUGGAAUUCUUCUCAGGCUGUUGCCGAGUGGGCUGAGGGCGUGAUGAAGGAUCCGGUGAUUUCACAGGUGUACCAUGAACUUUGUCAAUACUUUGUUGGUGGACCUCCUACUGUUCUUUUCAAGUCCAUGACAGAGGUACUUUGAGAGGACUGCCGUUAAAGAUUGGCCAUAUUAACUGGAGACACUUACUAACUGAAUUCUAUAUACCUGAAUGUUAUACCUGUUUUGAUUCCGAUAUGUAAAAUUGUAAACCGUACCUCCCUUUUCGAUUUCAAUGGAUUCACAACUAGCGAUCAUAGCAUCACCCGGC